AUGGGGAAGACGCCGAAAGCAAUGGCUGGCAUGCGGCUGCUGUUGAAGGAAGCUUUACAGGAUGAUGUGGAAGGUCCGGUCCUAGUAGCCCGUGCUUGGGAAGCCGUGCCUGGAGAAGCCAAACGGCCGCGAGGGAAAGCUGCAGCAGCAGCAGUGGACGGGCGUGGGCUCAAUGCAGCUCAGCGACUUUGGCUGGAGGGUUACGUGUGGAAAGAAAAAUGGACAACCCUCAGCAAGGCCCAGCGGACUGAGCUCAUCGAGCGGGCAGCUGCGCAAUCUCAGGCCAGUGCGAAGCCAAAAGCCAAAGCAGCCUCGACCAACGCGCGCCAGAAAGUGAUCAAGUCGCCAAAGUUCAAGAAACAGCCGGCAGGCAGAGUGCAGAGAUGGCGAAGAAGAAAGUCUCUGCAAAGCUGCUUAGACAGGUGUGUCACCAGUGAGGAUGCUGCUACUGAUGUCACACGUGUGCUGCAGCAGCUAUCACAGAGGUGGCCAGACAUACUGCCUGCAGUGUCCAAACGCAUCGGAGGUGCUGGCUCGCUCGUGUCUGGUGAAUCAAGUGGGUCAUUGACUUCCAUCUCGUCUUUUCUUCUGGGUCGCCUGUCCAAAUGCCCCGGGUUUGCUUCGCCAAACCCACCGGAUGCAGUGCGCUUGGUUAGGGAGCAUGUGGAUGUGAUGGUGCGUGAAUUUUGUGGCACUCAAGCCCGCGCAGCUGAAUUCGGCUUUAGCAUGGGGGGGAUCCGCUGGAAACGUGCCGGAGAGCAGAACCGAGAGCCCGCUCUCAGGAAGCGAGGAAGACCUGACAAGAAGAACAACCCACAGCUCAUAGAGAUGGUGGAGCAAGCUUUGUCAGCAGCCUCACAGCCUAGCAGCCGUUUGUCGUGGGACCCGCAGGACCAGGAGUGGAAGAUCGUGAGCACUUUGAAGCAGGACAAGAAAAGCAUCUGGCAGCAAGGUUCCGAGAUACGAGCAUCUUUGGGUUUGUCCACGUUCUGGCGUCUAGCAAAGAAGCAUUUGAGACAUUUCAAAGAAGCGGAUAGCAUCAAUGACUAUUGCAUCUAUUGCUACGAUCUCAAGAAGAAAGUACUUCCCCAG